AUGAAACAAACUACUAAAUCUACUUCAUGUCUAUCACCAUUCAAUGGCAAAACGAUUGUACUAGAACUUGGCCGUGAAGUAGGCUUCAAAGCUAAACAGGAACUAAUCAACUAUUUACGAGAACAACAAGCAUACGUUUCAUAUAUUCUUACAGCUAGUGAAACCAAUGACAAUUCUGAUGUAUUUUUUGUUCUCGAACUUCAAGUUAUUCCCGAACAAUACUACGAUCGAACACUGAGUGAUUAUAGACUACGGUUUCGAUACGAAAAACAGACCAUUGCUGGUGGAGAACAACAACAAGAUAAAAAAGUAUUGAUACAGUAUGCAUUUAAUGAUGAUCCAAACGAACAACAACAAUUAUUUGCAUCGUACUAUUAUCGACUGGCUACAAUGCCACGUGUAACACGAAUUCGUGAGAUGUUACCUGAUAAAUUAGGAUCGAAACUAUUGUUACGCUCUUUAUUUACCCAUCGAAUUGAUACACAAAUACUCGAUGAGAAUGUAUGUCAAUUGAUCGAAUCAAUUUGGCUAGAAUCUAUUGGUGAUCUGAAUAAAAUGUUGAGUGUCCCACCUGAAUCGAUCACUCUCAAAGCAAUCAUCGAAGCUGAAGCUGCACUUCUUGAACUCAGAUCGACCAAUGAUCCUGCUGCUGCACUUCGUUUCUAUUCACUUAUUCCUCAUCAACCACAGUACAAUGUUGAUCUCAUAAAGAAUCGUCGAAUAUUGUUCGAAAAAAUUGACUUAUGCCAAAUGCUUCGAGAUAUGCUAACAGUUAAUGAACUAACCAAUUGGAAUGUUAAAGCACCGAUCGAAGCCAAAUAUCGAGCAUUGAAAUGUCAUAUUGAAACAGUGGAUAGGUCAACACCCGAAUUUAAGAAUGUUGCCAAACUUAUUCAAUCAUCGACAGAUAGUGGUGAACAAAUUGUUCUUCAUCAUGUAUUCAACGUGACCAAACAGACAGAUGCACUGAAUUUUUGCACAUCAUUAUCCAAUCAACGGCAACUAUUUCAUGGGUCCAAAUAUGCCAACUUUCUUGGAAUUCUAUCACGUGGUUUGGUCAUGCCAAAAAUUGUAGUUGAAGAAUUAGGUGUUGUACGCACUGAUAUUGGUUGUCUUGGUUAUGGAGUCUACUUUUCUGAUUGUGCUGCUACAUCUCUAAAAUAUACGACAGCAAGUAUGACACGGCCAGGUCGACGAUUAUUGUGCGUUUGCCAAGUAGCACUAGGCGAAUCAGCAAACUAUUACUCAUUUUCACCGACUCUCAUCAAACCUCCCGAUGGCUUUCAUAGUACGCAUGGAGUCAGACGUACGGAAGACAAUCGUUCAAUGUUUUUCGAUAAUGAAUAUGCAAUCUAUCAACUCAAUCAACAACGUUUACUGUAUAUUUUGGAAGUUUCAUGGGUACCACAUGAUACGCUUAAUAUCGAAUUAGAACGAUUACCAAUUGUUCAUCAUAAGCAAAAUGCAUUAAAAUUGAGCGAACAUGUCGAAGUUCCGUUGACAAUUGACGAUGAAGUUAUUGACGUAGCCGAACAAGACUAUGGUUUAGUAUGUCCAUCGUCGGGAAAACGUGUACCACUUAAAUCAUUUCAUAUUCGUGCUCAAAUUGUUGACGCUACAGUUGAAGUUGUUCUGUAUCAAGUCUAUCACAAUACGAGUUCGACACCCAUCGAAGCCAAAUAUGUAUUUCCUCUUGAUGAAAAUUCGACCGUGUGCGGUUUCGAAGCACAUAUCAACAAUAAAGUUAUUACAGGUGUCGUCAAAGAAAAAGAACAAGCCAAACAAGAAUAUCGAGAAGCAAUCGAAAAGGGCCAUGGUGCCUAUUUGAUGCACAAAGAACAAGCUCAAGUAUUUAGCGUAGCUGUUGGUAAUUUACCAGCGAACAAUGAAGUCAUCAUCAAAAUAACCUAUGUUGCUGAAUUAGAAAUCGAAAAUGGAGAUAUCAUCUUUCGUCUUCCAGCUAAAAUGGCUUCAUGGCAAUCGAAACAAGCAGUUGAAACUAAAGAUCAAUCGAUUGUAAGAUCUAUUGGUAUUGUUGAUGAAAAAGUUGAAUUCAGUUUCAAAGCAUCAAUUCGAAUGCCUUACGAAAUAACCAAACUAUUUUCGCCGACACAUCGUCUUCGUCGAAAAUUAACUGAUUGUAUUGCCAUGGUCGAACUUGUCGAUAAUAUCUUACUUGAUCGAGAUUUUAUUCUUUCAAUCACACUCAAAAGUGCUAAUUUACCUCGAAUAUCAAAUGAAACAUUGUCAUUGGAUGAUGACGACGAAAUAACAACAUCGAACAAUCAUAAUUCUCAAGUAUGCAUGCUUACUUUUUAUCCGCGAUUUGAAACGUUAACGAAUUCGAGCGAACGAGUUGAAAUUAUUUUUAUUAUCGAUGCAUCCAAUUCGAUGGAUGGCAGUCAUGUACAACAAGCUAAACAAUUAGCUCAUUUAUUUCUUAUGAAUUUAAAAGUUAACGAUGGAAAUACAAUUUUCAAUGUAGUUGCUUUCGGAUCAGAUAAUGAUGAAUGUUUUCCAAUUUCAACACCAACCACAAAAGAGAAUCUUGACAAAGCCAAACAUUUUGUUCUGCAUUCACUUGUCCAUCGCGGUAACACCGAUCUAUUUUCUGUUCUACAACGUUAUUCACUUUUACCAUCAUCAAUAUCGUCGAAAUUUGGUCGGCAAUUCAUUCUUCUAUCCGAUGGACAUAUCCAUGAUUUCAAAUCAAUUCUUACACUACUCGAACAUCAAUCGAUUAUGUGUCGUGAUCGUCUAUUUACAUGUGCAAUAGGUAAUGUUGCUGACAAGCAUGCUUUAAAACAAUUAGCUCGUGGAGCAAGUGGAGGUGGUCUAGCAACAAUAUUCGAUUCGAACUAUCGAUCAAAAUGGAAAACGAAAGUAUUGAACAUUCUCGAACAUAUUCGACAACCGUGUAUUACAAGUAUAUCAAUCGAUUGGCAUGGUCAUUUAGAUGAAGAACAAAAAUUCAAUAUGCAAGCACCGAAAAUGAUUCGAUCCUUGUUCAACGGUAUGCGAAUUAGUGUCUAUCGAUUCAUACAAAACUGUCAUAAGGCAAUAUUGACGGCUACUAUCGAUGGACAAGAAUUUGUUACAACUGUAUUUAGCAGUACUAUGACAACAACCCGAGGACGUAUUCUACAUUGUCUAACUGCUCGAGCGAUAAUUGACGAUUAUGAAAAUGGAUUAUUGCAUGUGGACGAGAGCGAAAAUGAAUUGAUCAAAGUUCACUGUAAACGAGAUCUUAUCGAUCUAAGCAUCAAACAUUCUGUUGUCAGUGAAUACACUAGUUUUGUUGCCAUCGAAGAACGUCAUACUAAAACAGUUGCACGAACACUUCAACCAGGUGUUCGUCUGCUUGAUGUUAUGCUUGAUCGAGAUGUUGACCUGUUACCAUACAUCGGAUGGGAUGGUGAUGUAUCAAAUUUAGCUUCGAUGAAACAAAAAUUGAUUGAUGCACGUAUUUCACUCGAAAGUGCAUCGAUUCAAAGCAAAAACGAAUCAGUUGCUGAUGUUGAAAAACUUUGUGAAAAAAUUUCCUAUCGAGCUGGUGGUGAUGCAAAAUUUGAUACGAUGCUGGCUAUUAUACAUACGUAUCGUUAUUCAUUGAAUGAGCACGAAAAAGCAAAUGAACUCGACGAUAAAAUGAAAAAUGAUAUAGAGAUCGAAAUUAUUAGUGCAACCGCAGAAGAACGACAAGCACUACAACAACAAUGUGAAGCUAACAAUUUGAUGAUUACAAGUGACGAAUGGUAUUUACUCUAUAUGAAUUCAGGUCAAAAUGUUGAUGCUUCACUUCUCAGUAAACUGAAAGAUAUUCGAUCAACAAAAACAAUGAUUGAAGAACUUAUCAAACUUCAAUCCGAGGACGGUUCAUUUACGUUAAAUAAAGAUUUAGCUGAUGUACUUCACAUCAAUCUUGAUAUUUUCAAUGGUCUUGAACGCUAUUUAUAUGAACAAGGUUUUAACUCACUCGCUGUAAACAUACGUAACGACAUUCUUUGUUUGGUUGGUACGGGUGUCAUACUCCUUUGGCUCGUACUUCAAACGGAAGCUUCACAACAGAAUACGUUCGACUUUUUAUUUAAUAGCGAACAGAUCAAAGUUCGUCUUUGCAACUAUUUACCUGCUAACAUAAGCGAACAAAUUGGCAAAGCGAUCAAAUUCUAUCAAUUAGCAUGCCAACGUAAUAGUAUAUAUUGUAGGCAAUUAGAACUGAGCGUUCCAUCGUGGGACAUGUUUAUUCAACGUAUUCUUAUCGGUACUGACCAUAGCAAUAAUUAA